CUGUUUCCCCCCUCACUUGGGCCGUCAUGAAAGCGGCGUCUGCGCUGGACAAGUACGAGGCGUUCCUGAUCAGCAACGUCUCGACGAUCUCGACGCUCGAGUCCUCCCUCCGCUCCCUCACCUGGUUCCUCCCCGGCAGGUUCAAGGAUGCAGAGCUCGUCUCUGAAGCGCUGUCCGCGUCCCUCAAUGCGCUGAGCCUGUACCAUGAUACCCUCCUCUCGCGCGUCGUCGCCGCGGACCCCAAGUACCGUCCGCUUAUCCCCACCUCGCUCCAUACGCGCUUCACGCGCGCCUGGUCCGACAGGAAUGCGCAGUACAAGUGGUUGGCGCGCAGCCUCGAGCUCAUCAAGUUUACGGAGCUGAUGCUGGAGAUGAUACUCAAGCGCAAGACGUCUGAGAAGACUCGCUGGCGGGGGAUUGUCUUCCUGGAGGCUAUCAAGGCCAUCUUGCGAUUCUUGCUCCUGAAGAUCACACGCCGACCAAUCCUCUCCCCUCCCAUUCCCGAGCGCGAGUUCGACCCGGAGUCGUUGUCCGUUCCCCAAGCAUCGGCCUCGGUCUCAUCAUCCCCCACGCUGGCACCAUCUUCUCCUUCCUCAUCCCGGCCCGCUACUCCGGAGCACCUCAAGAACAAUCAGGUUCCCCUGCCCCCACAUCCACUCCUCACCGCGCCACCGAACUCGCGCUCGCGUAACGAUGUCGAGGACUUCCUACUUCCCAAAGCGCUCACGCCUUCGGCAGUCAAGCCGCCUCUGGCACUUGUGCGACCGUUCACGUCGCCGACCGAGUGGCUCGCGGAGAUCAUAUACGUCUUGCGACCUCUCAUCUAUGCUUCUAUGAUGAUGAGGGACAGGAAGUCGUCGCGACCUCUUGUGACCGCGCUCAUGCUCGAGCUGCUGUCCCGCAAUUUGCGCCGCGCACCACCUCCUUCCGCAGCCCUUGAGCGCGAGGAGUACGCGAGGCGGGAUCGCGAUAUGCUGUGGUACCUUUUCCGAGGAACGUUGUGGCAGUCAUAUACCCGCCCCAAGCUCGAGGCAUUCGCAGAUGCGACAGCUCAUCGCCCAGUACUCGGCCUCGUUGGUUCGUUCGUGAGGGAUUGGGUGCCCUUGAUUGAUGAGUACUACUAUUAUACCGCUCCGUAAAUUAUACUCUUGGGGAUACUGUACGCUGUUCUGCAUCCCUGGCUUGUCUCUGCAUGCCUUGCUUGUCUCUAUCUUCUCUCCAUGCAGUCUACGUCAUCACUCUGCUUGCCCGGAUGUCCGCGUGAGCAAGCCCAAUCGAUAUCGACGCUCUAUCGCCCGGGCCGGGUAGUCCGCCGU